AUGGAUUACGAGACGCUCAAGGAGCAAUGGAGCGAGGUCGAGGACCGCGAUGGUGUCCGUCUGAGCUGGAAUGUGUUUCCCAGCUCCCGUAUGGAAGCCUCUAGACUCGUCGUGCCUAUCGGCGCUCUCUAUACCCCGUUAAAGGAGAAGCCCGAUACUCCUCUCCUCCAUUUCGAGCCCGUUACCUGCAAACAGCCCUGUCGCUCUGUAUUGAACCCGUUCUGUCAAGUCGAUGUUCGUGCCAGAGUUUGGAUCUGUCCUUUCUGCCUCUCGAGAAAUCAGCUUCCACCUCACUACAAGGACAUAACUGCAAACGCUAUCCCCCCCGAACUUCACCCUGCGAACACCACGAUAGAAUAUCGCCUCUCACGACCUGCGCCUGCUCCCCCGAUCUUUCUCUAUGUCGUCGAUAUGUGCCAGGAGGCCGACAGCCUCGCCUCUCUGAAAGAAUCGCUUGUGAUGAGUCUGAGUCUGCUUCCCGAGAACGCCCUUGUUGGCCUCAUCACUUAUGGCACAAUGGCUCAUGUCCACGAGAUUGGCUACGAGGAAUGCGCCAAGUCCUAUGUUUUCCGAGGUAGCAAGGAAUAUGCUGCGAAACAAGUCCAGGAGAUGCUUGGUCUGUCAUCCUCCGGCGUACGACCCGGCAUGCAACCUCAGCCUGGUCGCCCAUUCCCCGCCGGCCCGGCAUCUCGCUUCCUCCUCCCUGUCCAGCAGGCCGAGUUCCAGCUGACCAAAGCUCUCGAAUCCCUCCAAAAGGAUCCCUGGCCAGUUGCGAAUGACAGACGUAACCUUCGAUGCACCGGAGUCGCCCUCAGCGUUGCCGUCGGUCUUUUGGAGUCAUCUUUCCAGAAUGCAGGUGGGCGCAUCAUGCUAUUUGCCGGAGGCCCUGCUACUGAAGGCCCUGGCAUGGUCGUGGGACCCGAGUUGAGAGAGCCUAUACGAUCCCACCAUGAUAUUGAUCGAGACAACGUUAAGUAUUACAAAAAGGCUCUGAAGUUUUACGAAAACUUGGCCAAGCGAACGGCGCACAAUGGUCACAUCGUUGACAUUUUUGCUGGUUGUCUGGAUCAGGUCGGUCUCCUCGAAAUGAAGGGCCUAUGCAAUUCAACCGGUGGUCAUAUGAUUUUGACUGAUAGCUUCACUUCUUCCAUGUUCAAGCAAUCCUUUGUGCGAAUCUUUGAGAAGGAUGGCGAUGAUAAUCUACUCAUGGGCUUCAACGCAGUGUUGGAGGUUCUGACCACAAAGGAACUGAAGGUCACAGGUCUCAUUGGACACGCAGUCUCUCUCAACAAGAAGUCGAUCUCUGUGGGCGAGACUGAAUGUGGGAUUGGCAACACAUGUUCUUGGAAGAUGUGCGGUAUCGACCCCAAAUCGAGCUACGGUAUCUACUUUGAGAUUGCCGGCCAAGGUCCUGCCACACAUCAACAAGCACCGCAGAAGGGCAUGAUGCAGUUCCUUACGUACUAUCAGCACUCCUCGGGCCAGUUCCACCUCCGCGUCACGACUGUCGCCCGCAACCUUAGUAGCCCUGCUGGGGACCCAGCAAUCGCGCAGUCCUUCGACCAAGAGGCCGCCGCUGUCCUUAUGUCACGAAUUGCUGUGUUCAAGGCCGAGGUCGAUGAUGGCCCUGAUGUCCUACGCUGGGUUGACAGAAUGUUGAUUCGUCUAUGCUCCAGAUUCGCGGACUACAGGAAAGAUGAUCCUUCAUCCUUCCGACUGGAGAAGAACUUCACGUUAUACCCUCAAUUCAUGUUCCAUCUCAGACGAAGCCAGUUCCUGCAGGUUUUCAACAACUCUCCAGAUGAAACAGCCUUUUACCGCCACGUGCUCAACCAUGAAGACGUUAGCAACUCACUCGUGAUGAUUCAGCCGACCCUGGACUCCUACACCUUCGACCAGGAUGGCGGCCAGCCCGUUCUCUUGGACUCGGCCUCUAUCCAACCAACUCACAUUCUACUUCUAGAUACUUUCUUCCACAUUCUCAUCUUCCACGGUGAAACGAUCGCAGAGUGGAGAAAGGCUGGUUACCAAGAUCAAGAAGGUUAUGAGAACUUUGCUGGUUUGUUGGAACAACCCAAGGAGGACGCUCGCGAUCUCAUCACUGACCGCUUUCCUCUUCCUCGAUUUAUUGUUUGCGAUGCUGGCGGCUCGCAGGCUCGAUUCCUCCUGUCCAAGCUUAACCCAUCUACUACACACACCACUGGUCCAUAUGGUGGUGUAGGAGCCACCACUGCUCAGACAAUUUUCACAGACGACGUAUCUCUGCAGACCUUCAUGGACCACUUGAUGAAGCUUGCUGGCAAGUGGGUCCCACAUCUUGCAUUUAGUUUUGAUAUUUCGCGACAACUUCAAGUUUUCUUUUCGAUCAACCUGCCUGUUCAUUACUUCCGGCACGCAAACCUCGAGCCUCUGCCGACCUUUCACGACACAAAAAUGCCUCCCAAGUUCGAUCCCAAUGAGGUCAAGGUGAUCCACCUCCGCGCCACUGGUGGUGAGGUCGGUGCCUCCUCUGCUCUCGCGCCUAAGAUCGGUCCUCUUGGUCUGUCCCCCAAGAAGGUCGGAGAAGACAUUGCCAAGGCCACUGGCGACUGGAAAGGCUUGCGCGUGACUGUCAAGCUCACCAUCCAGAACCGUCAGGCCGCCGUGUCGGUUGUGCCCACCGCUUCCUCCUUGAUCAUCAAGGCUCUCAAGGAGCCUCCUCGUGAUCGCAAGAAGGAGAAGAACAUCAAGCACAACAAGUCUGUCAGCCUUGACGAGAUCAUCGAGAUCGCCCGCACCAUGCGAUACAAGUCUUUCGCCAAGGAGCUCUCUGGUACUGUUAAGGAGAUUCUCGGAACCGCCUACAGUGUUGGCUGCCAGGUCGAUGGCAAGCCUCCCCAGGCUAUUAUUGAGGCUAUUGACAGCGGAGACAUCGACAUCCCUGAGGAGUAA